CUUCAUUCUCAGCAGUCCCCAGGUUUCCAUGCAAGCACGGCAUUAACCCCGCGUUCCUGGGCAUCCGUGUCUGGUCAUUUCACUGAUCCUCUUCAAAGCGUCGUUUUCGUAGCACGCGGAACGCAAGGCCAUCGUGAUCGCGAUCGCCAUGGACCUCGUUCGUUGCAGCCGCCUCCACACUCCACUAUCUUGCCCGCUGCCAGCCCCUUCAGUGCGUAGAAGUCGGCAAUAUGGCUCUCUCGCGGAUUCCUUCUCAAACAGGUGCCAGAUUCCUUCGUCGCCAGCCAUGUUCCCCCGUCCUUCUUCUCCCGCCGCAUCCUCCCAAUGCCGCGUGCCUCUCUCCUCGCUCUCGCGAGUGCCGUUGCAUUGGUUGAAACGUCAGCAGCAGCCGGGUCGAUUCCGACGGCCCCGGCGAGUCUCCGUGGAAGCUGCCGAUGACCGCGCGAGCAAGUUCCCCGUAGAGCCGAGCAGCAGAGACAGCGCUCACGCCAGCAGCGAAGAGGGGAUUGUGAUGGAGCUGCCUUGCUUGCCGUUCAACCCCGCCGAGGUGUUCCUACCCGGGUCGUCCAAGACGCUGCACCUGUACGAGGCGCGCUACCUCGCCCUCUUGGAGGAGGUGCUAUCGCGCAGCCACGGGCUGCUGGGCCACGUGGUGCUGGAGCCCAUGCGGGCGGACGACGGCCAGGGCAUGACGUUCGUCGCCUCCUACGGCUGCCUCGCCCAUGUGGAGAGCGUGCGCAAGCUGCAGGUGGGCGCCCUGGUGGCGGUGAGGGGCGUGGGGCGCAUCAAGCUGCAGCAGCUCUCGCAGGUCGAGCCCUUCCUCAGGGGGCGGGUCACGGUGGUCAGGGACGAGCGGGCAGGGGGGGGAGCGGGGGAGGAGGUGGUGGGGGCUGUGGCGGAAGUGAGGGCGCUGCUGAGGGACGUGCAGCAGCUGCAGAUCAAGAUCAAGACCACCUCGGACGUGCCUCUGCAGACCCCGCUUGAGAGGGCUCUGCGCUGGGUGGACACCGUCACCGCCUCCCCUGCUGCUGCACCCGCACCACCAGCACCAGCAGCUGCAGCAGCUCCAGGAGCCACUGCUGCUGCUACACAGCAGUCCACUGCCACCGCGCCACAGGCAGCUGCCUCGAGCAGCAACAGUGGAAGCAGCAGCACAGCAUCACCAUCACCAUCGGCAUCGCCAUCGCCAUCGGCGUCGGCGGGAGCGUGGUCCAUCCUGCCCGAUGAGGAUGGCGUGGAGCCCGACCAGCUGCCACCCGAACAGCUGGAGUCUGCCGCCCGGUUCCUGGGCUUCCAGGGGCUGCCGACGCCCGCCAUCCAGAGCACAGUGGCUGUCGACCCCAACACCAUGUCCCUCGACCCUGAUUUCGUGGGGCCUGCUGGCAGCAGCGGCAGUAGCAGCAGCAGCAGCAGCAGCAGCAGUGAGAGUGAAAAGGCAGGUGGCGUUGAGGAGGGCGGUGAGAGCAGGGAGGCAUUGGGAGGCGUGCGUUCGGUUGAAGCCCCAGAAGUGCGGGGCUACCGGGCAUACCUGCCAUCGUAUGAGGAGCUAGUGACCUUCGCUGCUCUGCAACCAGUAGCAGGCGCGUCGGCAGCGGAGCUGCAUGGCUUGCUGCAGAAGCGCCUGGCCGCCAUGGAGGAGACCGACACCAUGAGGCGGGUAGUAUUGGCCCGUCAGUAUGCAGAGCAGAGCCGGGCGGCGCUGGCUGCCAAGGUGGCACUGCAGAGCCUGCAGCUGUGAUGGAUAUGGUGCUGCUGUUGGUAGGGGCACUGAGCACAGUGCACGUAGAAUGAUAGUACAGAGCACGGUUUGUAACCUUUAUUCAGGGUUUAGGCCACAAUACACAUACAUCCCAACAUGGUGGGAACAUAUGACCAAUCAUU